UGCGUCGAUGAUGCGUCCUGCCCGAUCCGCUGCGAUGGAUGCGGCGUCGUCUGGUACUGCUCGCGAUUCCACCAGGUUUCAAGAAUCGCGGCAAUCGAUUGGGUCAUGUAGUAGUUCUGUUGUUCUUUCGAGCAGAGCAGGCAUUGGAGCGAACACAAGCUUGUCUGCAAGCGCCUUGCGCAGCAAGCGCGGAAGGCGUCCUCUCUCAGCGAAUUUCCCUUUUCUUUCGAGGUAUGGCUUUCAGCUAGAGUUGGACUGCUGGAUUUUUCUCUCGCAGCUGGAGAGCUCGAUGUGUGGAUUUCUUGACAAGAGAGGACUCCACGGGAAAGGGCUGUGGAAGAACGAGUGCUCUUGUCUAGCAGGAGCAAGUUCUCGCAGGGACUCGUCCUGGCACCUUCCCAGCAACGCUUGUCCAUGCAAAGGUCCCAGGAACGCUCCAGCGGCACCACUGGAGAGCUGGAAGCAGUACUACGAGUGGCGUGACUUACCUUUGCAUUCACCGGCGGCCAUUCUUCUUCACUCGCCACUUACACUCUACUAUGCGAUCAACCAAGCAACUUUUGAUCCGAGAGAAAAGCUGACGAUCCAUUACCUAGGCCCAGAGCGGGAGCUUGAACAGCUCGAGGUAUUCACUGAGCUUCUCGCGCUUCUUCCUGGCACUCAAAUCCACAUAGACUUUGUUGGACCUGCUGUUCCUUCCUCAAGUCAUGGAAGCACUUUGGAGCUGUCUUCAUAUCCAAAGUGCCUCGAUGCUAGCUGCGAGUGCAAACUUGAAACGAAUCACACGAUAACUCCUACCGUAUCCGUAUCUUUGUGGAAGGGAUUGUAUCACGACGUUCAUCACCAGAUUUCUCGUGCGGAUUUUGUAGUGGCUUUCAACGCCGGCAUUGCGGCAUACAUCACUUGGAGACCCACGAUUGAAUUGCUCCUUACAAUGGAAGUCCCCGUUUUCGUCACCGACUUUUGUGAGGAAGCUUGUGUGCUCGCUGUCGAGUGCAUCGAUUCCUUGGAGCCAAACCACGUCACUUUUCCAAUAACGGAGAAUCCGUUCAGGCAGCCGGCUGGUCUAUGGAACACAGGCAUCGACCUGCCAAUGCACGCGAAUUGCUUCAUCUUUGGUCUCGGCGUUGCACUAGAAGGACUUGUUUCUUGAUGGGUGCACUUGCCAAGCAAGCCGUGAAUCCCGAAAUCUACACCAAGCACCAGUGAGUAUGGAGUGUAUCUAAAACCAGCUUCCUUGUUCUUACCCUGUUCUGUGCUGGGAAGCGAGUUGUGAAUCCAGAAAAGAGUCUUGGAGGUUUUCAGAAGCUGAAGUUGACAAGCACAGGUCCAUGCCAAGGGCACCACCGUGGUUGGCUGUUGGAGGAGUGAGUGGAUGCCGAGUCUCUCCGUUGCCAUAUUUUUUAGUCAAGGCUGUGUUCUGGCGAGAAUCCUCAAUAGCCGCGAUCACAUAUUGCUCGAAGGUGUCCGGCGUGUUGUGAUGAGGAAUUGCAUCGUCUCUUUCCAUGCUACAAUCUCAACUGGCAGGAGACCGACGUCCAUGCAGAGCCGUAUGACAACCGUAUAUUAUAAAAGUUUGCAAGUUUGAAAGUUUGCAUUCUACUUA